AUGGGUCGGUUGGAGCGUUUCUUCUUGGUGGACACGCUCGAGGUUUGCCAGCGCAGCCAGCCCAACGAGGUCUCGGAAGCGUCGCCUCGCCCACGCUGCUGGCCGAGCGUGGCGGCAGCUUUGGAGGAUGUCCAUGGGGGCUUCCAUUCCGACGAUCACCGGCGCAUGCUGCAGAGCAACCCGAACGCCGCAAAGCAUCCCCUCCUGGAGCGCCACCAUUUUGGCGCUCUGCUGCCAGGAAUUCUGCAGCUGUUUGGCGACUCGCUGCUAGUGAUUCACCAGGACUCGCUCCGGGGUGACUCUCACCAAGUCAGAAAGACCUGGGAUCGCAUAGCCGCUUUCUUGGGUGCAUCACCAUUUCCUGCGAAGGCCAGCUUCCAGAGGAAGAACACGCUCCCUGGUCACCGGACAGACCUUUGCCACAAUGCUUCUUUGGUGCGCCGCUUCAAGCGACUCCUGGAGCCGGAGUUCCAGGCCAUCGAAGAGGCCACUUUCGGGCCAGUAUUGCAAGCAACACUUCCGGUGCAGGAGUCCUGGGGCAUGAAGCAGGUGGCACUUGCCCCUGUUGCCAUUGCGACCGCAGGAGAGGUGUGGCUGCAUGAGCAGUCGGAUUUGCGAAUUGAAGGCCGAAUCCUGGGCUUCGAUGAGUACAUGAACCUGGUCAUUGAUGAUGCAGAGGAGAUCAUGGUCAAGAAGAAGACCCGCCGUGCGAUUGGUCGCAUCCUGCUGAAGGGCGACAACAUCUGCCUUAUGAUGAAUACAGGUGCAUAG